CUUUCAGAGCUGCAAAAUAACUGCGGGAUUCGAACCUGAAACAAUGGAGCAGACUGAAGUGGUGAAACCAGAGACCCUGGACGAUCUGAUUCAAAUUCUGCACAAAAUCUUUGAAAGUGACUCUGUUAAUGUGGAGGAGGUGCAGAGCAUUAUGGAAGCAUAUGAAAGUAAUCCACAAGAGUGGAUGAAGUUUGCAAAGUUUGACCAGUACAGGUACACCAGGAAUCUAGUUGAUGAGGGCAAUGGGAAGUUCAACCUGAUGAUUCUCUGUUGGGGUGAAGGCCACGGCAGUAGUAUCCACGACCACACAGACUCACACUGCUUUUUGAAGCUUCUGCAGGGCCAGCUAAAGGAGACCUUGUUUGAAUGGCCUGAUGGUAAAGCACAUGGAAGCAUGGUCCCAAAAUGUCAGCGCAUCCUGCAGGAAAACCAGUGUGCUUAUAUUAAUGAUUCCAUCGGACUGCACCGGGUGGAGAACGUCAGUCACACGGAAUGUGCAGCCAGCUUACACUUGUACAGCCCACCCUUCGAGCACUGCCAGGCUUUUGACCAGAGAACGGGGCACAAGAACACAGUCAAAAUGACAUUCUGGAGUAAAUUGGGCCAGAGGACACCGUUUGAAUCUACAAUCUCACAAGAAAAUAACUAAAAACAUGGAAGACAAACUGGAUUUCAUGGAUUGUGGCAUAAUGAUGAUGGCAAUGCAGCUGUCAUUAUGUUUGUAAUAUAAAAUAAUGAUUUGAGACCCUACAGUAAUUCUAGAGGCUUUUUUGUAAACUAGUAAGAGCUUGGCAAAUGCUGCUGAAUACAGCGUGAGAACCUGAAUAGCAGUGUUAAGCUGGCCUGCCCUAUGAAUCUGUUCUUUGUUCACUCGGCUGGAGGAGAAACCAUUCUAACAGCAUUCCUGUGCUUCUGUGAUCUGUGUAAUCACAAUGUGUACUGUUACGGGGCCUGUUGUGUUUAAAUGUGUAAUUUAUAAGAUUUUUUAUAAGAUUUUAUUUCCUUUACAUUAUGGUCACAUGAAAGUAAUUAUCUGAGGGCCAUCAUCAGUGUAACGCCUUUACAUACAAUGGAGCACUUGCUUUUUUUGAUGUGUUAAUUUCUGUAUUAACUGGCAUGGUGUAUUACAUCGAAAUUCAAACAACAACAAAACACAUUUGCCCUCAAAUUUAAUUUCAAGAUUUGUUUGUAAUUUGCAUCAGCUAUUUUUGUACACAUUUUAUUGGUAGUAAUUUACAAUUAAAAUUUUAGAGGAUCAUUUGGGUCAUUAUAAUUGUGCUCUUAUUUUAAGUCUAGAUGUUAUGUUUAAAAUUUGAAUAUAGUUAUAUGAGAAUGUUUCUACAAAAUGCAGGAUCUACUUACGUAGUGAAUAAUAUUAGUUUUCCACUUGUAACUGUACUUUACUGUAUUCCGUAAUACCAUGUAGUCUAUCGGUACCAGGAUGAAUUUCAAUAAAAACUUUGUUUUUCUGUAAAA